UCACUUCCGUCUUCAAGAAAGCCAAGGACAUUCUUUGCAUCACUUUACGUUUACAUACUUUCAAAGGUUGUCUAUAUUCAACACGCACGAUCAAUACAGUCGCUUACAAAUUUGUUCAUUAUAAAGGAUGGCCUCUCGUUUUCCAUUGUUCAUUAUGUUCAUCACAACUAGUUUUUCACAGUCAAAAAUUGCAUUCCCGUUCCUAUAAAAGGUGCUUGCGGUGCAGGGCAUGUAGUGAUAAUCGAUGAUGCGGGCUCCAUCAUACGUUGUCAUAAAUGUUAUGAUUGUGGAGUGGGACGAGGUCUAACCAUACCUUGUCAUGGCCAAAAUGUAACAUUAAAUAGUCAUAUUGCAUGUGUGCCUUGUGUUCCUGGCUCAAACUAUUCUACUGGUCAUCAUAUGCAAUGUCAACCAUGUUUGAAAAAAGUUUGCAAAUCAGGAGAAUACGUGGAGGGUAUUUGUGGUCCAGUCAAAGAUGACAGACAAUGCAAAGGUUGCCCCAAUCAUUCAUACUACCAUAAAACUGUUAAAACUUGUUUACCCUGCUCAUGUGAAAAUAUGACUCAACAAAUCAUGGAUAAUUGCUCCAAUGUUGGUUUUAAUGUGACCUUGUGUGAAAAUGCCAUUAUAAAAAAAGGAAAGAAAAGCAAGAACCUGUCUGUCUUCAGCAUUAUAAUAAUUGUUGCUGUUUCAGUUUUAAUUCUGAUUGUUUUCGCUGUUAUCUUUGUCUGUUUGUGUAAAAGCACAUUGCAAAAUAUGCUGGAAUCAUGGUGUUACAUUUGGAGAAUGUGUUCAGAAAAUACUGCACCAAGUGAAACACUGAACUAUUCUCAAGCAAAUGUUGUUGAUGAAAUGGAAGAGGUGACUGAAGAAGAUAAUAAAAAAAAUAACGAGCCUUGUUUUGAUGGUAAUGACCUUAAAGCUGUUCCAAAAACAGAGAAAUUUGAACUUUUGGAUCAAAAGGAUAAAGAGUGCUUGCAAAGAAAGCUAAAAUUCCUUGAUAUGAACACAGCUACCUGCAGUCGCAUUUUUAAAAAAAUGAUGCAUAAUAAUGAUGUUGGUAUGGGAUAUAGCACUUUGGCAGGGAAAAUGAACUUUUCUCAUGGUGACAUGAAAGAUUUUGAAAGGACAUCAAACCCUUGUGAGGAAAUAAUCAGUUGCUGGAGUAACAAAGAUGAAAAACACAAUGUCAUCGAAUUGUUGAAGAUGAUUGAGGAUAUGAAAAGAGAAGAUGUUGCUGACUUGUUGAGACAGGAGUUAAUUCAGAAAAAAAAUGAAUGUGGUUGUGAAAAGUGUAUUGAUUUUAUGACUAUAAAGAAAAAUGAAGCAUAUUGUCAGUUUUUAACGUUUUAUAUGAAAUUGGAUAUUUUGGAAUGUUUAUUUUUGAUUUAACAAAUGCAAAAAAAAAAACUUGCAU